UCCCUAUUCGUUGGUCGGAAACCCAAAUAUCACACGGUUACGUUACGCUCAAGUAGCAAUUGAAAAUUAAUUUGAAGCCGUUUGUUACGAAGUGUCUCUAGCAGAUAAUUACUUUAAAAAUGCAGAAGUUAAUAAUCUUGGCUCUGGUGUGUACAAUGGGGUGGAGCGUCGUGGUGGCGGCGCCCCAAAUGACCGACGCCCAGUUGGACCAGACCCUCACAGACCGUGCCACCAUGCAGAGGCACCUGAGGUGUGCCCUCCAGGAGGGUCCUUGCGACCCUGUCGGCAAAAGACUUAGAAUUCUCGCUCCGUUGGUUCUCCGGGGCACCUGCAGACAGUGCACUCCCCAAGAAACCCGCCAGAUCCGGUACACCCUCGCAUUCGUCCAGCGGAACUACCCCUGGGAGUGGGCCAAGCUCAUCCGCCAUACGCUGGUGUUAUUGUUGGUUGUUGCCGCCUGCGCGUACGCCGCAGAGGCUCCGCGGCCGCAGGUGACGGACACCGCUCUAGAGGACGCGCUCAACGACAAGCGAUUCAUCCAGAGACAACUCAAGUGCGCGCUAGGAGAGGCUCCUUGCGAUCCCAUCGGCAAGAGGCUUAAGACUCUUGCUCCCCUGGUGCUACGUGGAGCAUGCCCACAGUGUUCUCCGCAAGAAACCAAGCAGAUCCAGCGCACUCUUUCGUACGUUCAGCGAAACUACCCCCAGCAGUGGGCUAAGAUCGUGCGCCAAUACGCGGGCUAAAACGUCUCCGUUUCGGACGUUGAAGCACGAACUAGCUAACUUCAUGUACUAGUGUGAAUACUUUGUGUUUUUGUGAAAAUGCGUAUAAAUUCAACUGAUUUACUGUAAGUCCACCAACCUAUAGACUAGUUGUAAUAAUCAUCAUCACUUUGUAUCACUCGACAAGUACAUACAGUGGGCAAAAUAAUUCCCCAAUCAGAAUCACUCUUAUACCUUAAAGUGUUUUUGUAAAUAAUAGGAUAAAGAAACUAACACUUAAAAACCAAACUAACAUUACCUAUAACUAUUAGGAUUUAGGACCUAUCGUACCUUCUUCUAUGACUAUUAAAACACCUUAGAAACACAUGAAAUUAAAGAACGGUGUAUGUGGCUGUAGAAUGAUGUAAGUUAUAAUACGAUAAUUAAUUAACCUAAUAUUUUGAUUUAAAUAUUAUUCAUUAAUAUUUAUUAAAAUGGAAAACUGUACUUAUUUUAUGACUGGUGCUCUUAAGAUCGUGACAAUGCUAUUUCACUAAUUAUUUUUAGUUGAUAAAAUUCUUCCUCUUCGCAAAGUUUUUGUUUUAUAGUUUUUUUAAGUAUUAAUUAAAUUAUUAUACUUAACUUUAUUAAGCAAGAAAGUACACGAAAAAUAAAAACGAGAUUAAUAUAA